GUCCAGGUGGGGGUGAACCGAACGAAAUUACUGAAAUUAUUUCUGAUUUGGAUUCUUGCUGAAUAACUAGCAUUUGCGCAGCUAUAAUAGUGAGAUUGCAACAAGUUUGGACCUGGAAAAACCCUCAAAGUGCCACUGAGAAGUAAGAAGCAAGCAUUAUGCAACGCAUUGCAGUUAUUGGAGGCACCGGCAUGACCGGAGAGUGUGCCGUAGACCACGCCAUAGAGAAGGGUCUGUCGGUGCGCCUACUUUAUCGUACAGAGGCCACUGUGCCCGAACGUUUCAAAACCGCUUCAAAUGUUGAACUGGUGAAGGGCGAUGCCAUCAAUUACGAGGAUGUAAAGCGCUUGAUUGAGGGCGUGGACGGCGUCUGUGUUAUUCUGGGCACCCGUAACAAGCUGGAGGCCACCACAGAACUAUCACGUGGCACCGAGAACCUCAUCAAGGCCAUGAAGGAAGCAAAGCUCACCAAGUUCUCGAUUGUCAUGUCUUCGUUCUUGUGGCGUUCCCUGGACGAGGUGCCUGCUGUAUUCCAUCGUCUGAACGAGGAACACAAACGCAUGCUGGACUUGACAAAGGCCUCGGAACUGGAAUGGAUUGCUGUUCUGCCACCGCACAUUGCUGAUGAACCCGCCAGCGGGUACACCGUCGCUUACGAUGAGGCACCGGGACGCCUAGUUUCCAAAUACGAUCUGGGCAAGUUCAUUGUUGAUAGCCUGGACCAGCCGGAGCACUAUGGCAAAGUUUGCGGCAUUGGCAAAAAGCCAAAGGCGGCUUAAGCCAUUUUAUCUUAAUCGAUAAAUCCAGACUCAU